UCGUCAUUUCAUUGUUUUUUCCCCUUUUUUUUUUUUGUUUUUUUCCCCACAAAAUUUUUGCUUCCCUUCUUCCAUUUUGUUCCAAAUUUUCUUCUUUUAUCAAGCAGUAAUUAGCUUUUUCAUGGUCCAUACUGAAACGAGAUCGAUUUAGUUGAGGAGUUUGGGCUAACACUAAGGUAGCUUCAUAAGAAAAAACAUUAUGCCAGUGGAUUAUGCAGGCGCUGCUAUUGGGGCAGCAUUUGGUGCUUUGUUUAAUGUGGUUAAAGAAAUCAUAGACAAAAACCUCAUGUUCAAACCCAUGCUCAAAAGCCUGCAAGCCACACUAAAUUCACUGGAACCGCUGAUCACACAGAUAAAGAAGUAUAACGACGAUUUGGAUUUGCCAGAAGGGGAAACAACAGAUUUCAAGUUAGAAAUGGAAAAUGGUGCAGAGCUGGUCCGAAAGUGUUGCAAAGUUAAUAGAUUCAAUAUCUGCUUUAAGCCUCAUUUCACCGAUAAGCUGAUCCACUUGGAUGACACUCUUAAGAGGUUGAUUUUUAUACUAACAGUUCAGGGAGUUAGAGAUUUCAAGAAGAACUUGACUUUGACUCAAGAUAUUCACUCAGUAAUUGUUAGAGAUGGAAGCAGCAGUAAUAGACUGGUAUAUAAUCAGAUUGAUGUACCAACCAUAUCGUCGUGCGAUGUACCUGAUGAUCUCCCUUCACUUAUUGUCGGAUUGGAUAAGCCUUUGAAUGAAUUGAAGACGAGGCUGCUGAACAAUGGAGCACCUUUGCUUGUAGUGAAUGGUAUGGGGGGAGUUGGUAAGACUCUCUUAGCACAGAAAUUCUGUCAUGAUGAUGAAGUCAAAGAAAAAUUCAAGAGCAACAUCUUCUUUGUUUGUGUUUCGAAAACCCCACCUACCCUGAAUCUUAUAGUACAGCAACUAUAUAAACACACGGAGGAUGAGGUGCCUGAUCUUCCAAACGAAGCAGUUGCAGUCCGCUACUUGAAACAAUUGCUGAAUAAACUAAGUCCAAGUCCUAUAUUGUUGGUCUUGGAUGAUGUUUGGCCUGGAUCUGAAUCCCUUAUUCAGAAUUUUGUUGUCCAAAUAAAAGAGUACAAGAUUUUGGUGACAUCAAGAUCCCAAUUACCUGGAUUUGGCCCACCAAAUUUUGCACCUCCGUAUCAUUUGAACCCAUUGAAUGAUAAAGAUGCAAUGACUCUUUUCCGUUUCUGGGCGUGCUUGGAAGAUGGGAGCUCUCACAUUCCUUAUGAUAUUGUGAAACAGAUGGUUGAUUACUAUAAGGUAUUCCCUCUUGCCCUUAAAAUUGUGGCCGGAUCAUUAAGCGGGGAGCCUGCAGAAAUUUGGCAAAGAAGACUGAAAGAAUGUUCCAAUGGUUCAGCGACUCUCAGUUCCGAAACUGAAUUACGUACCCGCCUUCAAAGCUACAUAGAUGAUUUAAAGAUCAGUGAGAAGGAGUGUUUCAUGGACCUUGGCUCUUUUCCUGAAGACCAGAGGAUUUCUGCUGUUUCCCUUGUUGAUAUGUGGACAGAAUUUUACGAGCUAGAAGAAGAUGAUGAAGCCUUUUUUAAACUUUUUGAUCUUACCGUCCCUAACCUGGCUAAUCUUGUAGUCACAAGAAAGGAUGUGAAUGAGGUGGAUGGCUACUACAGCGAACACUUCGUUACUCAGCAUGAUCUGCUUAGAGAUCUAGCUAUCCAUCAGAGCAUCCAGGACCCGGUAGGACAGAGGAAAAGACUGAUUAUGAACUUGAGAGGAGACAACCUUCCAAGGUGGUGGAAAGAACAUAAGCAGCAACCAUUUAAUGCCCAUUUACUGUCUAUCUCAACAGAUGAAAUGUACUCAUCAAAAUGGUUCGACAUGCAACUACCCGAAGCCAAGGUUCUAAUUCUAAAUUUUCGAACUAAGGAUUACACCUUGCCUAAGUUUGUGGAGAACAUGGACCAAUUAAAGGUUCUGAUAGUUACAAAUUAUAGUUUCUUCCCUGCUGAAGUUGGCAAUUUUCAAUUGCUUGGUUCUUUGAACAAUUUGAAGAGAAUAAGACUGGAGCGCAUCUCAAUUCCUUCCCUGAGCAAGACUCCUGUACAAUUGGAGAAUCUGCGGAAGAUAUCCUUGUUUCUGUGUAGCAUUGGUGAGGCUUUUAACAAUUGUUCCAUCAAGAUUUCAGAACUGUUGCCAAAUCUAGAGGAAAUGAACGUGGAUUUUUGUAAUGAUUUUGUGGAGCUUCCUGCUGAGCUUUGUGAUAUAAUCCACAUGAAGAGGCUCAGCAUCACACACUGUCCCAAGUUGUCUGCAAUUCCUGAUGAAAUCGGAAAGCUGGUGAAUCUAGAAGUGCUAAGGCUUAGGUCCUGUAUCAGUUUGCUAGAAUUGCCAGACUCUAUCAGGAAUCUCUCCAAGUUAACCUUCCUCGAUAUAUCUGACUGCAUCAGCAUUCGUAACUUGCCUGAAGAUAUCGGUGAAUUGUGCAAUUUGAGGAAGCUCAACAUGAAACACUGCUCAAGAUUGCAGGAAUUGCCACCAUCAGUUAUGGAGCUUGAGAAGUUGAAAGAACUUGUAUGUGAUGAAGAGAUAAAACAACUAUGGGAACCAUUUCUGCCUUGUCUUGACAACUUAAAUAUGACGUUGACCAAAGAAGAUAUCAACUUAAACUGGCUUCCACAAUUUCCAUAGUAGAUGCCUUCCUUUUUACUGAUUGUCUUUCUGUAUGUUCUAUACACCUAAUCUUAUAUAGAACAUAUUGGCUUUAUUUGUUUUGGUCCAUAUGAAUUUGUGUUGUCACAGAAUAUUAAACUCUUUAUAGUGAAUGUGCUUAAGAUUAGAAUGGUUUUGGCUGUA